CUUGAUCAGUUACAGCGUCAGUUCUUUCAGAGGUCGGCUGAAGUUGAUGACGAAAAAUCCAAGGUUCAGCAACUAAGAGAUCACAUAAAGAAUGUUAAACAAGAAACUGAUAAUAUUUGUUCAAUUUGUCAAAUGCGAGGAAACGUUAUUGACAGCGAAACGCAUCAACUCAAAACAGCCGAACAAGAGAAGGACCGCCUACGGCAAGAAAUUCGCCGAAUCAGCAAACUCCGGGAGAAUAUUAGAGAGAAGACCAGCCACUUGGAGAAUUUGGCUUUUCAGAAACGUAAUGAACUACAAAAGGUUACGUCAAUGCAGGGUGCAAACAACGAGGCAUUGGGUGCAUGGAUCCAGAAGCUUGAAGCUAGAAACGAUGAUAUGAAAAGUUUGCAGAAGUUUAUAAAGGAGGAUGAUUCCAAACUGAAGGAGCUGAACCUGGAACUGGAACAUUUGACGUCCAAGCGACUUGAAAAGAAAGCCAAAUUGGAUAAUCUCUAUACAAAAUCAAUAGAAAAUCAAGUUGCUCUUAACAGAUUUGGCCAAGAAAUUUCAAUGGCUUAUGUCGAACGGGGACAAGUGCUUGCGCAAUGGGAGAGUGUUGUUGCUCGUAUGAGACAGCAGGAUAGGGAUAUACGAAACCUCACUGAAAUGGUGAACGAAUGUCGACUGAAGCUUACCGAAGCAGAGGAGUCGAAUCAAGAAAAAGAAAGUUUCCUACAGGAGCAACAACAAAGUACGAUUCAAGCUGAACGUUGUUCAGACGAACUUGCACGCACGAUUGGAAAGACGCGGACAGAGCUUGCGGAAAGCGAAGAAAAAAGACAAAACUUUCUUAGCGAGCUUGAAGCCUUCAAACGGACAGUUGAUAGAUUGGCAAGUGAUCUGGAGUCUACCAGGAUAAAUAUUAGCCAGUUGAAAAAGGAGAAAGCCAGAAAAACGGAAAAUCUACAGCAACUACAGGUCACCUUAGGAGCUCUAGAAGAAAAACUUGCCUACGUUGUGGACAGCAAGCGCAGCGCAGAACAGUUAGCCGAUGAGGCGGAUGCAAGUCUGACAGCUGCGGAAGCAAGUCAUGAGCAGAUGACACGGAUUCUAGACAAACUGCGUAGUGAUCGCUUCAAAGCAACUCAGAUUUUGUACAACUUUUCCCUCCCUAAGAACUACGAAAAUCUUUCCGGGGAAUCCAAGAGAUUAAACCAACAACUCCAAGGAGCGAAUGCAAUCCUAAGAAUAGCGAAGUCAAAUCUGGCCGAUUUGGACAGGAAACUGAUGGCGCAGCAUGAAGUAAUGUAUAAACAGGACUUCAAAAUUCAACAACUGGAUCGGCGUAUAGCCCGCAUGCUUGGUGAACAGAUUGAGGACAGCUCUGAGCUACUUCAGGACCAAGUUCGCACUCUCGAGGCGCAACUGGACGAGAGAACCAAUACUGUUAGUUACUUGAGCGGUGAACUGGCAAAUAUACGGCGGGAAGUACACCGAAGAAAACGAGAGGUGCAAGAUUUAUCAGAGAUGAGAACUGUGAAUGAAACCAAGUUACAACACGAUGACUUGGAAGUGGCCGCUGCCAUCAAACACAAGAACAAGCUGACCACUGUCAUACAGAGACUGACAGUUGACCUGAAUUUGGCGCGACUAGAAGUGAGACGCUUGUUGAAAAACUACGAGAAAAGCUCUGGUAAGGUUUUCUGCCUGGAAGCAGCUCGAGAAGAAUUAGAUUGUGCCAUCAAGCAACAUCUGGAACAGUUAUCGCUACGCAACAAGAUGCUCACCAAUGAAACAAGAAUGGCUUCUGAAGACAACAGUAAACUGAAAAUGGAAAUCCAAUCCCGAAAAUCUCACGUGGAAAUACUGAUAAAGAGGUAUGAAAUACUAACCGCGCUGAUGGCACCACCAGAGGGAGAGGAGGAACGAAGUCAGACCUAUUAUGUAAUCAAAGCAGCACAAGAUAAGGAAGCGUUGCAGCGCAAGGGCGAUCAACUCGACGCGGAAACGAGGCAAGCUGAGCAAGAACUGAUUGCACUAGAAAACACACUGGCACUAAUGAAUGGAUGUAACACGCUGUUGCGUCACAGUUAUGCAAAGUUGCCAGACGAUGCGGAGGAACUGACACAGAUGAAGGAGCUCAAAGAAGAGCUACGAAUUCUUUCCAUCAAGCAGCGAUACGACCAAGUCCGUUUGGACGAACUACAGGAGACAGAGAAAGCAAAACUUGAAUGCAAAUCGAAUCUGGAAGCCGAAUUGGAGCUUUACAAAAAACAAAACCAACAACUCACUGCAGAAUUGGAUGGGAAGUCGCGCGACAUUGACAAUCAAAACACUCGAUACAACCGUUCACUUAAAAAAAUGCAAAAGCUGCAAAGUAGCAUUACAAAGAAGCAGAUUCUCGAUGCGGAGCAACACGAAGCUCUCCUGAGGGAUAUCAAGGUGAGAAUGCUCAAGGAACUUGCCGAUAGAAUGAUACAGGAGUUGCUCGCAAGAACAAGAGCGAAUGCACAAAUGAAUGACCAGGCCCAAACUUUACUGUCUGCCUCUGGAUUGCGCUUCAGUACACUCGGUGAACGUCGUGUCAGCCGCGCAUCGAUGAACUCAAACAGCAGUUCAGCAAGAAGUCCAACCAGCAGCCUCAGUACAUCAGCCGGAUCGGGAACGACUUCGCCGUGCCCUUCUCAGCAGGAAUGUCGUGCAUCUUCUGCCAGGAGCGUGGAGAACGCGGCCACACCCUCUGAUUUAAGCGAAGCUUAUGUCAGCCAAAAGCCCAUGAAGGAGCCGAAAACUGUUCGGUCGGUGAAUCUUGGUCAGCAAGCGGUAUUCCCCGGUGAGGCCCGCUCGAAGUCCGGAAGUCAGUCUAGCAGGAGUGCAACCAGCGGGAAAAGUGGCUCCAGUACAGAACGCACCACUCAAGAAAUGUGAAAGCAAUGGAAUGA